AUGGAAGAGCUCACAGCCUUCGUCUCCAAGUCUUUUGACCAGAAAGUGAAGGAGAAGAAAGAGGCGAUUACAUACCGGGAGGUGCUGGAGAGCGGGCCGCUGCGCGCGGCCAAGGAGGCGGCGGGCUGCGCGGAGCCGGGGCGCGAGGAGCGCAGCAGGUCGAGUCUGCGUUUCCACGGGGGAGGGAGAAGCAGGGGCAAAGCGGUGGUGGGUUUCGCGGACCCCCAAAGCUGGUUUUGCGCGUCUUGCCGGCUGGCCCGGUGUGGCCGGCGAGCCCUCCAGGCCGCCAACAUGGCGUGGGCCCCGGUGGUUGGGCGGCCUGGUGGGUGGGGGGCACGGGGGACAGCAGCUACCAGGCUGCCUCCGGGGGAGGCCCCGGGCGGCCUGGGACUCGGGCCCCCGAGCGCGCGCUGCGCCGGUUUGAGCUCUCCCGCUGCCGGCCUUCGGCCCAAUUGUUCCCCAAAUAGACCUGCAAUGUCCCCGGAGCUGAAGGACCGCAAGGAGGAUGCGAAAGGGAUGGAGGACGAAGGUCAGACUAAAAUCAAGCAGAGGCGAAGUCGGACCAAUUUCACCCUGGAACAACUCAAUGAGCUGGAGAGGCUUUUUGACGAGACCCACUACCCUGACGCUUUCAUGCGAGAGGAGCUAAGCCAGCGGCUGGGCCUGUCCGAGGCCCGAGUGCAGGUUUGGUUUCAGAAUCGAAGAGCUAAAUGUAGAAAGCAAGAAAAUCAACUCCAUAAAGGUGUCCUCAUAGGGGCUGCCAGCCAGUUUGAAGCUUGUAGAGUUGCACCCUAUGUCAACGUAGGUGCUUUAAGGAUGCCAUUUCAGCAGGAUAGUCAUUGCAACGUGACGCCCUUGUCCUUUCAGGUUCAGGCGCAGCUGCAGCUGGACAGCGCCGUGGCGCACGCGCACCACCACCUGCACCCGCACCUGGCCGCGCACGCGCCCUACAUGAUGUUCCCGGCGCCGCCCUUCGGACUGCCGCUCGCCACGCUGGCUGCCGACUCGGCCUCGGCCGCGUCCGUGGUGGCCGCCGCCGCCGCCGCCAAGACCACCAGCAAGAACUCCAGCAUCGCCGAUCUCAGACUGAAAGCCAAAAAGCACGCGGCCGCCCUGACCAACUUGGAAAAGCGCUGGCCUCUCAGCACCAGUGUCCUGCAGUUAAGGGAGUGUGAGCUACCUGGCUUUGUAACUCUAGCUUGGUGCGCAAAUGCCAGCACCCCAACCACCCCAUUUUAUCCACCUCACACAGAACACGGAUUGAUUUUAUACCAAACCAGAAACAAAGUUAAAACAGCAGUGUAA